CUCUUCCUUCGGCUGCCGGCGCCCGCACGUCCUGUUUUCGUUGGCCGCGCUGGGAUGGCCGCCGCAGCUGUAGCUGCUGCUAGUGCUUAGCGCUGGUGUUUGCCCGGCGCUGAGGGCAGCGCAGCCUCCUUGUUUGUCCGGUUCGCCUGUGCGUGGUACUCAAGGGCACCAGCAUUCACGCGGUCGGCAGCAUGGGUCGGGAGUCACGCCACUAUCGAAAACGAUCGGCAUCCCGGGGUCGCUCUGGAAGUCGGUCUAGAAGUCGCUCACCCUCAGACAAAAGAAGUAAACGUGGAGAUGACAGACGGUCUAGAAGUAGAGAUAGAGAUAGGAGGAGAGAGAGGUCUCGUAGCAGGGAUAAAAGAAGAUCUCGGUCACGGGACAGGAAGCGUCUGAGACGUUCCAGAAGUAGAGAGAGAGACAGAAGCCGAGAGCGAAGAAGAUCUCGAAGUAGAGACAGGAGACGCUCAAGGAGUAGAAGCCGGGGCCGGCGAUCCCGAUCCUCCAGUCCUGGAAAUAAAAGCAAGAAAACUGAGAAUAGAUCUAGGUCCAAAGAGAAAAUCGAUGGUGGGGAAAGUUCUAAAGAGAAGAAAAAAGACAAAGAUGACAAGGAGGAUGAAAAAGAAAAAGAUGCUGGCAACUUUGACCAGAAUAAGCUGGAAGAAGAAAUGAGAAAGCGAAAAGAAAGAGUAGAAAAAUGGCGAGAAGAGCAACGUAAAAAGGCUAUGGAAAACAUAGGAGAACUGAAAAAGGAAAUCGAAGAGAUGAAACAAGGGAAAAAGUGGAGUUUAGAGGACGAUGAUGAUGAUGAAGAUGAUCCUGCAGAAGCUGAAAAGGAAGGAAAUGAAAUGGAGGGUGAGGAGUUAGAUCCAUUAGAUGCUUACAUGGAAGAAGUGAAAGAGGAAGUAAAAAAAUUUAACAUGAGAAGUGUAAAAGGUGGUGGGGGAAAUGAAAAGAAGUCUGGGCCAACGGUCACAAAAGUUGUCACUGUUGUGACAACCAAAAAAGCAGUUGUGGAUUCUGAUAAGAAGAAAGGUGAGCUGAUGGAGAAUGACCAGGAUGCCAUGGAGUAUUCUUCAGAGGAGGAAGAAGUUGAUCUUCAGACAGCCCUUACAGGGUAUCAAACAAAACAGCGAAAGCUUCUGGAACCAGUUGAUCAUGGAAAAAUUGAAUAUGAGCCAUUUAGGAAAAACUUCUAUGUUGAAGUUCCAGAACUAGCAAAAAUGUCUCAAGAAGAGGUAAAUGUGUUUCGAUUGGAAAUGGAGGGCAUUACAGUUAAAGGAAAAGGUUGCCCCAAACCAAUUAAAUCCUGGGUCCAGUGUGGAAUUUCCAUGAAGAUCUUAAAUUCCCUCAAAAAGCAUGGCUAUGAAAAGCCCACACCCAUCCAAACCCAAGCUAUUCCUGCUAUAAUGUCUGGACGAGAUUUGAUUGGCAUUGCCAAAACAGGAAGUGGAAAGACCAUUGCUUUUCUGUUGCCCAUGUUUAGACACAUCAUGGAUCAGAGGUCAUUAGAGGAAGGAGAGGGGCCAAUAGCUGUCAUCAUGACUCCAACUCGAGAACUGGCUUUACAGAUUACUAAAGAGUGUAAGAAGUUUUCCAAGACUUUGGGACUUAGAGUGGUCUGUGUUUAUGGAGGAACAGGAAUCAGUGAGCAGAUUGCUGAGCUGAAAAGAGGUGCUGAAAUUAUUGUUUGCACACCUGGUCGAAUGAUUGACAUGUUAGCAGCUAACAGUGGUCGGGUCACAAAUCUUCGAAGAGUGACAUAUGUUGUUUUAGAUGAAGCAGACAGAAUGUUUGACAUGGGUUUUGAACCCCAGGUCAUGCGCAUCGUGGAUAAUGUUCGUCCUGAUCGACAGACGGUUAUGUUUUCAGCUACUUUCCCCAGAGCUAUGGAGGCUUUGGCUCGCAGGAUCCUGAGUAAACCUAUUGAAGUACAAGUUGGAGGCAGGAGUGUGGUUUGCUCAGAUGUGGAGCAACAAGUGAUUGUGAUUGAAGAAGAAAAGAAAUUCUUGAAGUUACUUGAGCUUCUAGGCCAUUAUCAAGAGUCAGGAUCUGUCAUUAUAUUUGUGGAUAAGCAGGAACAUGCUGAUGGUCUUCUUAAGGAUUUAAUGAGAGCAUCUUAUCCUUGCAUGUCUCUUCAUGGAGGCAUUGAUCAAUAUGACAGAGAUAGCAUCAUAAAUGACUUUAAGAAUGGGACCUGCAAACUUCUUGUGGCUACCUCUGUUGCUGCCCGAGGUCUAGAUGUGAAACAUCUGAUUCUUGUAGUAAAUUAUAGCUGCCCCAACCAUUAUGAGGAUUAUGUACACAGAGCAGGGCGGACUGGAAGAGCAGGAAACAAGGGUUAUGCUUAUACUUUUAUCACAGAGGAUCAAGCUCGCUAUGCUGGUGACAUAAUUAAAGCUCUUGAGUUGUCAGGGACUGCAGUACCUCCUGACUUAGAGAAACUGUGGAGUGAUUUCAAAGAUCAACAGAAAGCUGAGGGGAAAAUAAUUAAAAAGAGUAGUGGGUUCUCUGGUAAGGGAUUCAAGUUUGAUGAAACAGAACAAGCUUUGGCUAAUGAGAGGAAGAAGUUACAAAAAGCAGCUCUAGGUCUGCAAGAUUCAGAUGAUGAGGAUGCUGCAGUUGAUAUUGAUGAGCAAAUUGAAAGCAUGUUUAAUUCAAAGAAGAGAGUAAAGGAUAUGGCUGCUCCUGGAACAUCAAGUGUUCCUGCUCCAACUGCAGGAAAUGCUGAGAAAUUAGAAAUUGCUAAGAGAUUGGCUCUUAGAAUCAAUGCCCAGAAGAAUUUGGGCAUCGAGUCUCAGGAUGUGAUGCAGCAGGCCACCAAUGCAAUUCUUAGAGGUGGCACCAUUCUGGCUCCCACUGUUUCUGCAAAAACCAUUGCAGAACAACUUGCUGAAAAGAUCAAUGCCAAGCUCAAUUAUGUGCCUUUAGAGAAACAAGAAGAAGAGAGACAGGAUGGUGGACAGAAUGAAUCUUUUAAGAGAUACGAAGAAGAAUUAGAGAUCAAUGACUUCCCACAGACUGCUAGAUGGAAAGUUACCUCUAAGGAAGCUCUGCAGAGAAUCAGUGAAUAUUCUGAAGCCGCAAUUACAAUCAGAGGAACCUACUUCCCUCCUGGCAAAGAACCCAAGGAAGGCGAGCGGAAGAUUUACUUGGCAAUUGAAAGUGCCAAUGAACUGGCUGUGCAGAAAGCAAAGGCAGAAAUCACCAGGCUCAUAAAAGAAGAGCUGAUCCGGCUGCAAAAUUCAUACCAACCAACAAAUAAAGGAAGAUACAAAGUCUUAUAGACAUCUGGAAAAAAGAUUUUUACCUGUGCUGGUCUAUGAUAUAUGUGACAGUUGCUGUCUGCAGUUUACAAUGUAUUGUAAAUUAAGAUUUUUAAAAUUCUAUCUUGCUGAUUUUUUUUAAAUAUAAGAAACUGGUACUUGGUAAAGAAAUCUGUCCGUAAGUACCCCCACAAUCAGUCAAAUUAUAUUUAAAGCCGGCCUGUUUUCAGAGUAUGAUGUCCUUUAAUGUAAACUUAAAUAUCAAUAUUUUAAAUGUCCGGAUAAUAUUCUAGAGGUUUAAAAAAUGGAAAUAUUUGAACUUUCUAUUGAAGACAAUAAAGUGCACAAGUUGUUAAGGGGCUAUUCACUUUAUCCUGUACUUUCAAUGAAAUUGUGAUCAUUUCCUAAGAAAAAGUAAAAUUCACCAUCAUAUUUUGUGUCCCCAUCUUGAGCUUAAAUGUUACAUGACUCUGUGGAACAAUAUGAACUGGAUUUAAGAAUGUUAUAAUAGAAGUCUUACAAAAUGG